AUUCUUGGUGAUGGAGCGAGUGGGAUGAGCCGCUGCAAGCAGCGUCGCCGCCGCCGCCGGGUUGCUCCGCGUCCAGUGUCAAUUUUAGCGGCGCCGCUCCCGCCGUCGGAACGUCGGAACCGUUUGAGCGAGAUGGGAUCAGCAUGAACGCCGGCGAGCAAAGCAUCGUGGCCGACUGGCUCCGCACGUUGGGACUGCCGCAGUACGCCGAAAGCUUCGUGGACAACGGCUACGAUGACCUGGAGAUAUGCAAGCAGAUCGGAGAACCCGAUCUCGAUGCGAUCGGCGUCAGCGACCCCAGGCACCGGGAGCGGGUGUUGCAAGCGGUGCGAGUGCUGCUCGAGCAGGGAGGCACCGCCGUCUAUUUCACCCUCGAAGAGGCUGCCCGGCAUUCGAGGGCCGCCGCCGCCGAGUACGGCUUCGCCGGCGGCGCGGCCGACUGCUGGGCGACGGACAAGGCGGCCGCCCGGCCGGACUCGCUCCGCUACUUCACCGACGAGUACGAAGAGGGCAAGGCCGAGCUGGUGCGCUUCCCCAAGAUGCAGCUCAAGAUUAUGGUGCGGGACAAGAUGGUUCGCGAUGGGAUACGGCUCAGCAUGCAGCCCUACAGCAAUCCGGACGGCAGCCGGGGAGACCUGGACGGUCUGGCGCGCCAGUACGCCGAGGAACUGAGGACGCACUUUCAGGAUGUGCUCGAGAGGCUAGAGGAACUGCGCAGGCGCAGAGUGGCCGCCGACUUCGCCCAACUUCCGGAUGCUAUUGACUAUAGUUUGGGUUAUAAGGCGCCUCGGUUUUACAGACCUGGCAAAUACAUGCCUUCCAGCUGCCUGAACGAACCAGAAGACGACACGGGCGGUGCCGAUCCGUACGGGCUCUACGACGUCCGACUAGCCUCCUUCUCGGGGGCCGGCUCUCCGCAACGGUGUCUCAGCCCACGGUCAAAGUACUUCUACGAGCCCUGCCCCUUCUCCGCUUCCGAGUGCAAGGAUCCCAACGCCGAUCCGGGCCGCGGCAUGAAGAAGGCUGCCGGCGGCCUGGGCCGGUUGUUCCGCACACUGGGAAGCAAGAAGGACAAGUGCAAGACGUCUCCCCGACACCUCUCCGGGAGGCUUAGGCCGGCUGCCGGAACCUCGAGGACGGGGACGUCUUCGGGAAGGAGCACCACCGAAGCACCGCUGUCCCCGGCCGCAGGACUGGGCUCCUUCGCACAGCCAGCUGCUGAAGAGGAAGUGCUGAACGACGACUGCCGUCUUCAGCUGGUCCUCGCUGUCCGGGAGGGCCAGAUGACCAGCGAACAAGCUCUGCACAGGCUUCGGCAGCGGGAGACACUCCGAUUUCGGAACCACCGGAACAGGGAAGAGUUGCUGAACGACCUGGCCCGGAACUUUGUCUUCAGCCAAGGGACUUCGAAAAAGGCCAACUCCGUCUUUUACACGGACGGAGGACUCCUCCCCAGCGGUCCGGGCUCGUGUCGUAGCGGCGGCGGCGUCGCGAUGCCCGGCGGCGUACCGGCCUCGCAGCCCAUCUACUACGAGCCCCCGGACGCCGUCGACCUGGACUCGUGCACGUCGGCUGCGCCGGCGGGCCUAGGGUCCCCCCUGCGCGGGGCUGUUCCGGCGCCCGCGGCGUCUGACCGCUGCUGCGUCUCGGCGGCUCCCGGACACGGAGUCCUGGCGUCUCCCUUCAGGACCAAGGCGCCGCCGAUCCUGGCAGCGCCGCCCUACGGCUCCGGGACCGCGACCACGGAGGUGUGCGACGGCAACUGCGGCAACAUCAUGUGCAGCGUGCGGGCGUCCGCGGACAGUCCGCCGUCAGAGCCGCCGACUACCACCAUGCUCCCGCCCGUCGCUUUCGACAAAGCGGUCGACGGCGACGACGGCACGACCACCACCGUGGCCGGCGAAGACGACGACGGCGAACCGGGGGCCGACGUGAACGACGCCGCGUCGCGGACCGUUCCCGACGUUGCGCACGACAGCGAACUCAAGCGUGCCGCGCUGGCGGCGGCCGCCGCCAGCGCCGCGGUGGGUUCUGACAACGUCCGCGCGCCGACUCCCGGCGCCACCGGCGUUACCGGGAGCGUCGGAGCGGGCGCUGCUACGGGCACGGCGGCGGGCGAGUCGUCUGCCAACGUCAGGAGCGUCACGAUGCUCGGCAAGCUGCGCGGCAUAACGCAGCAAAAUCGGAACAGCUUCAGUGCCAGUGAAGAGGGCCAGUCACAAUCUUCAGACUACGAAGACCAAGACGAGGUUGAAAAGAUGGGAGAUGCUCAGAAAACUCAGGACCAGCAACUCAGAAACUCCCUGGUGGGACGUGUCAGGCAUCUCCACAAAGACGUCAAGAAGAAGAUCUCGCGCUUCAGGAACAGCCGCAGCUCAGUGGAUGGAUCGGACGACAACAAAGACAUGGCAGACGACAGCCUUCACCCAGGAAGCUCAAUCGAAAGCAUUCCCAGUGGUUCGGCAGGAUCACGAUCAAGCAUACAAGCGCACACGCCUACAAGUAGCAACCGGAGUUCUUCCUCUAUUGGAGAAGAGGAGUGCAACCCGCAGUGUUUUGGGCCUUUUGUUGGCCGGGCAAGGGCCCUGGUGGACUGCGUACCUUCUCCCUACGACAAGGAUGGCCUCUCAUUCAAGAAAGGAGACAUUAUUGACAUCCUGUCGAGGAACACGACAGGCACGUGGGUGGGAGUGGCCAACAAGAAGGUGGGGCACUUCAAGUUCAUCAACGUCGAAGAGAUCCCCACAGAAACCAAGCCGAGGCAGCGCAGGUUUCCCAGCGUGCCCAAGCUGGACCACCGGCCAGAGUCUCUGGAGGAGCUCCUGGGAAUGUUUGGGCUGCAAAACUACUUGAACGUCUUCAUGCUGCAUGGAUACCAGGACUUUGAGAUGUUCAAGGAGGUCACAAAGGACGAUCUGGACAGCUUGGGCAUCACGAACGAGGACCACCAGCUGCAGAUAUUCAGAGCCGCCGAGACACUCCUCGAGCACGACGGUGAAAUCCUGGGGGAAUACCUAGAGGUCCCGGUCAGCCCAGAACUCCCGGCCGUAAAAGAAAGCGAUGGCGACGGAGUCACCAACACCGCCAUCAAUGAUCUGGACAGUGUUGCAGACAGCAUUCCUCAGAACGACAGAAAGAAGACAUUUCUCUUGCCCGACUGCGACGCUUCCUUUACGAGCAACGGACCACUGCGCUUCCAGCUCAACAUCCCGCUGGCGGAACCGGAUGUUUCGACCACGACAACGCAGUCUGUGCGAGACUUCAAAGAGACCAUCUGCAACGGCUCCGACGUGUCUUCGAUGACCGUGUUUUCGGGGCCGCUCCCGGAACGCUUUGAGCUUCGGCGUGCCUCCACGGACUGCAUCCGGAGCCACCUUCCUCGGUCGCUGCAGAACGUAUUCCGAAAGUUCAGUGGAAGCACCGGAGACGAGGACGGCAGGUCGGCGUCGUUUGAUGAAAACGAGACGUUGUCAGAGUCUCCCGCCAAGAUCUCGUACGGGUCGAGCUUUGCUCGGAAGGUGAAGGCUUCGUCUUUUUUGCGGAGGGAUUCUAUGGACGAUGCAUCCAUGGCAGACGUGUUGGGCAAGAAAGGCAGCCGUGGGAAGGGGAGCCUCGACAAUGUGGAGGAGAGUGCGCCGUUGUCGCUGCGUGCCUGCAUCGAGCACAAACUGGCGGCGGAAGGCAUUGACCUGUGCCAGGAACCCUACACGGACAGAACCGGCUUCUGUGGAAUACCGCCUGCACUGGUUCAACGCUACUCCGAGGAGCUUCAAAAGGAUAUUGCAGACACGGCAGAAGCGCUCGACCAGGUUCGCAUCAGCGAGUUGGAUCGCAUCGGGAAACGUGGGGUUCCCAACGACUUCCUGGCCGACUCUUGCGGCGGCCCCAUCGUGGAGGCGGACUACACCGGGCUCCGUGCCUGGCUCGUGUCCCUAGGACUGCCCAUGUACGAGCCCCUGUUCCUCGAAGCCCGGAUCUCGACCCUGGCCCGGGUGGCCGACUUGCGCGAGCCCGACUUCCGCACCCUCGGCAUAUCGAACGCACGGCACGUUCGUCUGCUUUCCUCGGCGGUCGGAGCGCUGCACUUCGAACAGAGCCGCUACAGCCUAGAAGUGCGGUGACAGCUCCUGCAACGCUGGCGUUCCGUGCGGGAGCAGGUCUUCCAGGCUUACGUCAAACUGCCGUUCGGUGGCAGCAGCGCGUGAACGCGGGGACAACAGCUCACACCGCGGCUCCUCCAACGGCGAGAGACGGGCAUUGGCGGGUUUUAAGGGGUGGGCUCAGAAAUCCCACUUCUUGCAUAGGUGCAAGGUACGAGAACUUCGAUGGCGGGAAGGGUUGGGAACUGGCGUUCGCAAGAACCGUGCCCAAAAAUUCUCCUGCGGUUGCGAAAGCAAUGUGGCGGACAAGCGACCCGGGCUGGCACUGUCGGAAGCAAUAUACUCGGCGAGAGCUUGUGCUCUCGCAGAAACAAAGGUGCACCAAGUGAUUCUUUUUUUUUAAUCUAUGCGUGUGAAAAGGAAGAUUUGUAUGUUUGUUGUUACUUAGCGAGUAUUUUAAGUAUGGUGUUUCCUAAGUAUUGUUCUAGAAUCUAGGAGUGCUCAGCUUUGAGCGUUCAACGGAUAUGUGCGGGAAAACUUAUUUUCUGCUGAACUUUAGAUUCUGGUUGCCAUAUCUGAACAUCUUUAGACAAACUAGUGCAAGUGAGGGCUGUUCCAACAGUAGUAUGUGCUUGGUUGCUGGAUUCCAGGUCCUAACGAUUGUGUCUGCUUAGUUGUGCAUAUCAUAGGACACGCAAAAUGACGCAAGUGAGUCAGUGUCAUAGGUCAUCCUCCCCCCAAACAUGUUUUAGUACGAGUGUGUAGUCAUAUUUUCAAUCUUGUCUAGGAACUUUUGAAUAGAUCCUAGUAGGCAGUGUUUCUGCUUGCUCCUCAAAGAAGCUGGGUGGCCUUUUCGGUAAAGAAAAGGAUCUCUUUGGCACUCCCACGCUAUUGACCAAGCCAUUGGCUCGAGCCACACAUUUAUGUCUAGUCAAGCACAUGUCUUUGCAGGGCAGUUUAACACAUUAUGGCUGGAAAAACUUGUCUUGCUCUGCUUUGUGAAGGCAUAAAAAUCCACCUACUUUUGAGGGUACUGUAAAUAAUUAUGUAAAGAAAAAAAUAAUAAUGUAAAGAAACUGAGUCACGUUCUCGCUGUGCAUGUUGUAUGCUUUUACGAGAAAGAAUGCAUAUCUAAUGUUCUGUGUACAGUAAUGCCGCUGUGAAUAAACCUGUUUUUAUAUA